GCGUGGGCUUCCAAGAUGGCGGCGCUCACUAGGUUGAUGUCUGGCUGUGGACGCUGGCUCCGGGGGCUGGUGGUCGGCCCGGCCACGACCAGCUGGGCCCGGCCGCCGGCCCGCGGGUUCCGGGAAGUGGUGGAGCACCAGGAGGGGAAGACGACUAUUAUCGAAGGCCGGAUCACGGAGACUCCCCGGGAAACCCCCAACCCCCCUAACCCCUCUGGUCAGUGCCCCAUCUGCCGGUGGAACCUGAAACACAAAUACACCUACGAGGACGUUCUGCUGCUCAGCCAGUUCAUCCGGCCCCACGGAGGGAUGUUGCCCCGGAGCAUCACGGGCCUGUGCCGCCAGGAGCACCGCAAAAUCGAGGAGUGUGUGAAGAUGGCCCACCGCGCGGGUUUGCUGCCGAAUCACAGGCCUCGACUCCCUGAAGGGUUCGUCCCAAAGAGCAAACCGCAGCUCAACCGGUACCUGACCCGUUGGUCCACCCGGUCCGUCAAGCCCAUCUACAAUAAAGGCCACCGCUGGAACAAGGUGCGCAUGGCUGUGGGGUCUCCCCUCCUCAGAGACAACGUCUGCUACUCCCAGAGACCCCUGGUGUACUACCAGUGACCCGGCGCAGAGCCCUUCACCCUGCCGCAUCCCUCGCGCCCCCAGUGUGACCCAGCUCCUCC